GUCAUUUUGUAUAAGCGCGAUGGUGGAGGUUUUAUGGAGUUAUGCCGCUUCUCUGUAUUAAAAUUAUUGAAGCACGUCUGGAAAGUUCGGACUCGUCACUGAACACAUAUGUCAGCGUCAAGUUAAGGCAAGCUCAUUCUUUAACUCAAACAGUGAAAGGAACUACACCGAAAUGGAACGAAGAAUUUACAUUCGAAACAGAUCGUAUGGAUGGUGGCCUCCUGAUAGAACUGCACUCCAAAGGUUUAUUAUGGGACAAACUGCUUGGAGUUGUGUGGCUACCUCUAAACAAAAUACUGCAUUCCAACAAGGAUGGUCCUGGUAUGUGGAUGAAUUUAGAUGCUGAAGUGAUCACUGAGAAUGGUCAAGUAGUCGGGACAAAAACGCCUACAAAACACUCAUGUUUAGCAACUGUUCGAUUUGAGAUACCCGACGAUCCACAAUUUGAGAAAUUUUAUGGUAAAAGAAAGCUACCCAAUCUGAUACCAAAUGGUAGCGUACAAGAUCCAAAUGUUCGGAUGAAGCAAGCAUAUCCACUUCCUAAUCAUUUCGAUGAAUUCCCUACAAAACGGUGUAUAAAUUCAAGGGAUAAAUUUUCUACACAAUACUAUUGUCCACUGAGUGAUUGUGAAGCUAGACAACCUAAUGUACCAUAUAAUGAUUAUAUGCAACAGUCUUCACGAUAUUCUCGAUCAACUAAUUACCUAAUCCCUUAUCAUAACAAAUUCCCAUCAAAUCAUCCAAAUUAUGCAGCGGAUCCAUACAUGAGACAGAAACAAUUUACAACUGAUGAUUCAGAUGCUCAGUCAUCUGAAACUUUAAAGAGGUACCCUGAUUACCCUUCCGCUAGACAGUAUGGUCUACAAGAACAGCUGCCAUCGUUUAACGAUAGUGAAUUUGAUUCUGGUUCAGAGCCAUUGUAUUAUAAUAGUCGACCGUAUAUUCCACCUGAGAGAAGUCGGCCUUCUACACAUCGUCAGUACACUGGUGAUUAUGAAUGGGAUGAUGAACAGAUUUGUUUCGAUGUAAAUCAAAUCAGUGACAAGGAUGAUGUAUACUGGCGUCAACAAUACUCAGAAGAUAAUCAGUACACAUCAGAAGCUGAAUAUUCGGAUCAAAGUCAAAGGCAACAAAUAUGUCAGUAUCCACAUCGUUCAGGACCACCAAAUGGACAUCAUGUUGACUGGGUUGAUGAUUUAUCACCAUCUGAAUACAGUCAACCUGAAGAAGAUUUAAUGCGCAAUAGUAAUUAUGAAAAUCUUCAGCUUCAACAGUCUUAUUCACCCAGCAAUGGUGGCUAUUUACCCCAGUAUCGUUAUUCUGGUCGUUCAGAUGAUGAAGAGUAUUUGUAUCCUCCACCGCUGCCUGAUGAACAAAUUCCUAUUUAUUCUGAUUUUGGACCUUAUUCUGAUGUGGAUGAGCCAGACUGGGAUCCUGAAUACAUCAGCCAUCGUCAAAGAGGAGAGUUUGUUCCAUGGAUAGAUGAACAACAGCAUAGGUAUGGUCAACGUCGUCGAAGAACUCGUUUCUCUCCUCAAACUAGUCGAUAUUCUAGACGAGGUUAUUCACGUUCUCCAUAUUCUCAACCAAUAUAUGGAGUUUCACCCUCAGAAGUUUAUUAUCAUGAUAACAAAUAUCGUGCAGAAUUUGACAAUAGACUACAUAAUGACGUUAGUGAUAUGCCUUCAAAUUAUGGUUGCUCCUGUGAAUCAGAUUAUGAAGUUGACACAAAGAUUAUUUGCUUUGAUCAAACACAAAGUUACAGUCCGAUAGGUAUAAGUUAUCAGUUAGAAGCUUCGAGUCCUAGUGUCUGUAAACCUUCAUUAGCCUUAAGUCGAUCAAGCUCUCCAACUCGUACGUAUAGUCCGAAUGUGUGUCUUAAAGUUAUUAGUCCUGAAUUAGUUAAAAAUGAUUUUCGUGCAUCUGCGGAAGCUGCUGUCGCUCAACAUUUGCCUCCCGGUGAACAUCCCGCUGAUUUACACUUUGUAAAUGUCACUCCAAUCCCAGUGACAUCUUCAGUAGUAUCGACAACCAUUUCAUCUGAACAGAGUAAUAUUCCCAUGAAACAGGUUACUGAUAGUUCAUGGGAUCGUUUAAAAAGCGAUGCUACCACCAAAUACCAAUCGAAUGCACCAUUGCCAACAGACAACGUCACAUCUCCUUCAAAAUAUCAGUUAAACAUGGCUCAAGACAGUUUAUGGCAGUCUACUGAGAAAAACAAAGUAAUCUUUAGCAAUGAACCCCCUGUUGUGCCUACAUUUUCAGUUAAACCUAAAACGGAUUCUGUCACUGUAAAAUAUGAUACUUUCAAGACAGAAGGAAUGACUCAAAAACAAGAAAUUCCAACAAAGCCAAUAACUACUACGACUGCCAACCAAUCCUCUGUCAGUUAUACAACCACUGCUAGUGUAAAUUUACAAGGUCUGUGGGAUCAGAAGUCAGCUUUCAAACCAGUAAUACGUUCCUUAGAAGCUGCUAAAGAUCGAUUUUUCUCAAGUAAUUCAUUGUUCCCAACAUUCUCACAAGCAAAACAGUUUCCUGUAGUAACCCAAUCAGGGAUCGAGUCAACAAAAGCAGCUAAUAUCUCUGACAGAAGUGCUGUACUCACUACAAGUCAAAUAAAAAUGUUUCCAAGUAGUGUCAAUAAAGAUGUUGCCAAUAUCCCUAUAUCCAGUGAUGAGUUUUCAGCCUUAGUCCCUCCACCGGCAAAAUCAUCUUCAAAGUUAUCAACUUCUGAGUUCGAUUUAUCCAGCUUAAAGUAUGACGGCUUUAAAACUGCUAACACCUCUUUUGAACCAAGCAAUAAAUUCUUACCAAUUAAAGAUUUUAAUGAUAAAUUACCAUCUACUACAGUCAUUACACCGAGUCCGUCAACCACCAGUGAUAAUAUUUCUAUGACUGCCAGCACGCAAAGGACAACUACCUUCACAACUGCUGCUGGGUACACUCGAGGUUCUGAAAUCGACACUGCUUACAAUGCAGUGGAUAAGACAAGUGUAGGAGACCAUUACACAUCAUCGCAAUAUGCACUAACAACCAAAUAUACACCAUCUGAAUCAAAUUAUGGUGAUGAUUCUAAAUCUAGUGUACCAAAGUCAUCGUUUUAUCCUGAAAUCUCACGCCCACCAUCUCCCAAGGUAUUCAAGGAAUCUGCUUUUGACAUUCCACUGAACUAUGAAAAGCAGUCUACAUUUAGCGCCGAAGAACAUCUUAAAGCAUUAAGAAUAAGAGCAGGUCUAGGUCCUAUACCAGGAUAUGAAUCUGCAUCACUGAGAAAUGCAGCUUCAAUGACACCAUUAUCAACAUACAACUCAAGCUAUUCACCUACUCUUCCUUCGUAUAGUGUCUCCUCUUCAAAGCCAGGUCGAUUUGACUCAGAAACCAAUCUUCCGAAACCUACCUAUUCCAUUAACAUAAAUUCUUUUGUCCCAAAAAUGCAAAGCUCCAGUACCUCAACACCGUCUAUCCCAUCUUUCAUCUCUAAUUUCAAAUCAGGCCUGGUUGGACCAAUAAGUAAAAUUCAACCACAUUCAGGACCAUCUUCCUCAUCGAACCAGUCAUCGGCAGCAGCAGCAGGAAACAGACCUUCCGCAUCAAGUAUGUUUUCUAACUUCCUUACGUCGGCGGCUUCAAAAGCUCAAACAGUAGCCACAGGUGCUUUGAAACAAGCGAAUGCUGCAGCUGAUGCCGCAAAAGUGGCCGCCAAUCAGGCGGCUGAACAAUUCGUAGCCCAAGCUAAUCAAGUACAUCAAAGAACUGCUAGUCAAAUGCAGCAUCAACAACAACAGUCACAACCAAAACCUCCUGUUCAGCAAUCGAAUAUACAAACUAAAGACAUCACUAUGAAUAACAUUCCCUCAUCUGUUAAACUUGCUAGUGACACUAUUACAGCCGCUAAUCAGUCAACCAUAUCACUAGAGCAAAAAGAUACAUUCGAAGAAAAUAUGAAGAAAGCUCAAACAACUGAUCAUACAGUAACUAAAAACUAUCAGCCAGAAGGUCAAGAUCAACGCCAAGAACAACCACGACACUGGUUACAUGAACAAACUAUGGAUGCUACUACAGAUGAUGACUACGAUGAUGCAGAAUUUGUUUAUGAGCAAAAUCCUUAUGAAUCCGAUGAUCAGAGACAAAUUUCUGAUGAUUGGGGUGAUCAAUAUUUAUCACCUGCAAAUGAAUAUGAUGACCAAGCAGAUGUUAGGCAAGAAUUAUACGAAGACGACGACGUCGAUGACAGAUAUCGAAAUAUUCAGUCGAAAGCUUUAGAUGGUGGUGCGUACAAUGAGGAUAUUAAUUCACAGGCCUAUUUAUCAGAUUUAUCUGAUCCAGACGCUGUGCGUGCACUACGUAGUCGUGAUAAAAUGAUGAUGGUUGCAGCGACUGGGAUUUACUCGCCUGUGCCUAAUGGACCAAAUCAACCGGGUUUCUUUGAUGAUAUGAAUGAGCUAGGAGAUCAAGAUGAUUUCGAUACGGGAAAAAGGUUGAAGAGUGAACGCAGACAACUUAGUCAAAUGAGUGGCACGUUCGAUUUUGAAAAUUAUGAAUACGAUGACCAAAAAGUUAGAUCACCUAGGAUCAGUAAAACUCACUCCAUUCAGGAUGAUGUAUAUCCUGGUAUUGAUGACAUUGGUGCGGUCAGUAAGGAUCAAUAUCGAAAUCACCUCAAUCAUAUCCCACGACGAAGUUCCGAUGGAAAAAUCCUGCAAACAAUACAUUCAUCUUCAGUAACUUCUGAUGAUGGCUUAGUUGAAAAGCAACCUGUACACAAGCGUCGAAUGUCACUUGGAGCAACACGUCGGACAUCAAGUGAUUGGUAUAGAUUUACACCAAAUUUACAAACAUUAGAUAUUCAAGAAGUUGAUGACAAUGAAGAAAGAUGGCCAGAUGAAAAAGAACGUGACUAUUCACAUCAUCAGUCUGAAACUUCAAUUUAUAAAGAAGAAAUAGACAAAAAGAAAGAAAUUUAUGAAGUUGAUAAUCAGGUGGUAACAUCUACUCAGAUGACUGCUCGUCAAAGAUGGCAUACAGCAUUUGAACGUGUUUGCAGUCGUCUGCAUUCGGAAGGAGGUUUCCUUUCCGCAACUCUACCUCUUUCGGAUGAUCGACACACGACAUUUUAUACAAGCAUUGACAGUAUGCCAGAUAUUCGUUUGAAGAAGAAACCGAAGUCUUUGGUCAGCGAUUUAACUAUGGCAGUGCAAAAACGUAAUAUGGGCACGGCUAGUGCAAAUUUGAUUACUCGACAAUCUAUCAAUGAUGAAGAAAUGAAACAACAUGUUUAUAAGAAAACCUUACAAGCACUACUCUAUCCAAUAUCAAGUAAUACACCACAUAAUUUCCAAGUAUGGACUGCUACUAGCCCUACUUAUUGUUAUGAAUGUGAAGGCCUUCUCUGGGGUUUAGCUAGACAAGGUCUACGUUGUACAGAAUGCGGUGUAAAAUGUCAUGAUAAAUGCCGGGAAUUAUUAAAUUCAGAUUGUUUACAACGUGCUGCUGAGAAGUCUGCUAAACAAGGCGCUGCAGAUAAAGCUCAAACUAUUAUGCAAGCAAUCAAAGCAUUAAUGUCACAGAGAAUUAAUGAAAUGCCUGAAUUAUUCGAUUUACUUGGUUUAGUAUUUAAAGUGGAUAGUAAAACUCACGAACGGAAUCUUCUCCAGGCUGAACAAAGUAUACUUGAUGGUACUAGUAAAUGGUCAGCAAAGAUUGCAAUCACAAUUAAAUGUGCUCAAGGUUUAAUAGGUAAAGAUAAAACCGGUACAAGUGAUCCUUAUGUAACCGUGCAAGUGGGGAAAGUUAAAAAGCGUACAAAAACAGUUCCUCAAGAAUUAAAUCCAGUUUGGAAUGAGAAAUUUUAUUUCGAAUGUCAUAAUGCUUCCGAUCGGAUUAAAAUUCGAGUGUGGGAUGAAGAUUAUGAUCUCAAAUCAAAAAUACGCCAAAAGUUAACUCGUGAAUCCGAUGACUUUCUUGGUCAAACUAUUGUGGAAGUUCGUACAUUGAGUGGAGAAAUGGAUGUAUGGUAUAAUUUAGGUAAAAUCCUUAUGCCUUCAACUAGUUAUUCCUCAGUGUUAUCGUAAAAGUGGUGAAUGAUGAAUAUAUACAUUCGUGUAUACGUGACCAUAUAUCUGUUUCAUAUGUAUAUGUAUUUACUGUUUUUCAAUGUGUACAAUAAUUAAUUAUAUUAGCUGUUUUCAUACAUUUUUUCCUCUGAUUCAAGCAUGCUAUUGUCCGUCAUCAUUCUAGGUAGCCUUUUCAAAAUAGAUGUAUUCCUCCUAUGGAAUAUCAAUACUACUUAUAUCUGAUAGUGAGAGGUAACCGUUAUAGUCAUUCC